AUGGCCCCUCCGCGUCAACGCCACGCCGCAAUCGUGGACGACUCGAGAUCCGAAGCUUCCAGCGGCACACGAGAGUACAAGAGCGCUGCCACCAAGCGCAAAGCGGCGGCGAACAAGGAUAAGGCGCCUGUGACCAGUGCGCCGGUCAAUGCUGAGGUCGUGGAUGAACAACCCAGGGUCCCCUGGUCCGACCUCCCCCUCGAAAUCCUCCACGCCUACCGCCACACCCACAAACUCCCCACACCAAGCGCCUACUCGAAAGACUACUCCCGCAUGAUCCUCUCGCAGGGCAUCGGCCUGCGCUCCCCAACCGCACUAUCUGCCCGGCGUGCCCAAUCCUCGAACAAAGAUAAAUCAAAUGCCUCCCGCGACGACACCUCCAGUGACGACGCCCCACUGCACAAAAUUACCGGACAAGACCGCGUAAGCAAGGAUCAACUGGCGCUCGUCGUUCGCAAGCACUUUAACAGCUCCGGCAUGUCGGAGCAGGAGAGCAUCGCCCGCUUCCUGUAUAGUGUUCGCGAAGAACGGCGAGGUCGUCAAUUUCGAUUGCGGUUUCAGCCGUAG